AUGCGUGUAGCCACGCUUUUCGUACCAACACUCUGCUCGCUACAAUACUGGACUACAUCCGGUCUCGAACUGAAGGACAAAAGCGUGAAGGACAGCUUCGCUGCUUCCUCACGAAAUCACGAGAACAUUACUCUACGCGUUUGUGCACAACUGUAA